UAAAUUUUUUCUUGUUCAGAGCAAAUCUUAGCUGUAUAGAGUAUUUUGACGUCUUCCUUCGAAAAUUAAAAAGGAGAAAAAAAAAAAGGAGACAAAACUUUAAAGAAGGAAGGAAACCUCAAUUCGAGAAACUAAAUAUACGAAGGUUUCCCUUUUUUCGUCUAGUUUUGAUUCAGUUCUUGUUCUGCCUUUCUUCUCCAAGGUGUUCUGUCUUUUCGUUGGCUCUUGGACUGUAGUUGGAGGAAAUGGGUCUGAAGCAAUGCAGUUAUAUCAUCAUCCUUACUCAUUAGAUAGCCAAAGAGUGAGACUAGCUUUGGAAGAGAAAGGCAUUGAUUACACAUCAUACCAUGUCAAUCCCAUCACUGGCAAGCACAUGGACCCUUCCUUCUUUAGGAUGAAUCCAAACGCGAAACUUCCCGUUUUCAGGAAUGGUUCUCACAUCAUUUUGGACACUAUUGAGAUCAUAGAGUACUUAGAGAGAAUAGCUGAGGUUUCCUCUGGUGUAGAAGAUGCUACUUUUGGUAGAGAAGUUCUUGAAUGGAUGCGGAAGAUUAGGGAAUGGGACCCCAAGCUUUUCACUCUUGCUCACAUACCGGAUAAUCGUCGUCUCUAUGUUUCCAAGUUCUUGAGGAUGGUUGUGAUUGCAAGGAUGGCUGAGUCUCCAGACUUGGCAAGUGCUUACCAUAGGAAGCUAAGGGAAGCAUACGAUACAGAAGACAAACUAAAAGACCCGGGUGCCUUAAGAAGAAGCAAAGACCAUUUGCUUAGGCUCCUAGAUGAGGUUGAAACAAAGCUUGAGGGGACAACAUAUUUGGCAGGGAAUGAGUUUAGUAUGGCUGAUGUAAUGCUAAUCCCGGUGCUAGCUCGGUUAUCCCUGUUGGAUUUGGAAGAUGAGUAUAUAAGUAGUAGGAAGAAUCUGGCUGAGUAUUGGAUUGUUGUGAGAAGGAGACCAAGCUACAAGAAGGUAAUUGGAAGGUACUUUAAUGGAUGGAGAAAAUAUGCAACACUUGUAAAAACUUGGAUGUUUGUUAGAGUGAGAAGUUUGCUCAGAAAAUAUUGAAUUGUCAAAAUCAAAAGUUUUUUUUUUUUUUUUCUCUUUCUUUUCCAUUUUACAGGACAUUCUUGUAAAGUUGAGAAGAAACUUACUCCUUUGAUCACCAAAUUAUUGAGAACAAUAUUUUAUUUAAGAAGUUUGCGAUGCAAA